CAAAAACAAUAAUAAAGGAAACAGUCUCUCUAUUCAUCAUUCACAAUGUGUCACACGGUUUCUAAAUAGUCAACCAUCUUCGUCCCCACAACCACAGGCUUAGCUCUAAUGAGGACCCACACACUUUUGACGGUCGAACAAAUUUGCUCCAUUUGUGUUAAAAAAAAAAAAUUAUUAUAUCCAUUUCUUAACACUCUGGGUCUUAUUUCCAUUGAAUACAUUCAAGACUUUCUAUUAUAAUCCUACUUUUUUUCUGUUUUUUCUUUCACUUUCUCGUCUGCUCUGCUAUACCUUUUUUUUUUUUUUGUUUUUUUUUUGUGGUUUCUCUUGUGCUCUGAUUUUCCUAUUGAUGAAGGAAAGAGAGACGAUUCAGAAAGAGAAAACUGAUCGAUUUUAAGGUGUAGAUAGUGUUUUGUGAGGAGUGAGUUUCUCAAGGUCUUUAUUUUUCAGGUGAUGGACUCCAAAUCUUUGCGGUUCAUCACCCACCAAGUGUUCUUUUCCGCUGUAAGAUCCGGUGACCUUGAGAAGCUUCAGCAAGUUGCUGAUAAGCUGACCCAGGAUGAAUCCGGAGACGGGUCUUCUUUGUCUGAUCUCAUGGCGGUGCAGAACGAUGACGGUGAGACUCCCUUGUAUGUGGCAGCGAAGGAUAAUCUGGAGGACGUGUUUGGGUAUUUGCUUAGGUUCUGUAAUACUCAGACCAUGAAGAUCAGGUCCAAAUCUGAUAUGGAUGUCUUUCAUGUCGCUGCUAAGCGUGGCCACUUGGGUAUUGUGAAUAGACUUUUGGGCGAUUGGCCAGAGCUUUGUAGAUUAUGCGACUCCACAAAUACCAGCCCACUUUAUUCCGCUGCUGCUCAGGACCACUUGGAGGUAGUGAAUGCCAUCUUGGAUGCUGAUGUUAGCUCAAUGAUGAUAGUAAGGAAAAAUGGAAAGACUGCAUUGCACAAUGCUGUUAGGUAUGGUCAAAUUGAUAUUGUAAAAGCACUUAUAGAGCGAGAUCCAGGAAUAGUAUGCAUCAAAGAUAAGAAAGGCCAAACUGCUCUCCAUAUGGCUGUAAAGGGUCAGUGUCCUUUAGUAGUAGAAGAGAUUUUGCUUGCUGAUCACUCUAUACUGAACGAACGUGACAAGAAGGGUAAUACAGCAGUGCAUUUGGCCACAAGGAAAUGCCGACCGCAGAUUGUGAGCCUUUUGCUAGCAUAUACAUCUAUUGAGGUCAACGCUAUCAAUAAUCAACGAGAGACUGCAAUGGAUUUGGCAGAUAAAUUGCAAUAUGGGGAAUCUGCAUUGGAAAUUAAGGAAGCUUUAUUAGAAGCUGGUGCCAAGCAUGCCAGGCAUGUUGGCCAAGUGGAUGAAGCAAUGGAACUCAAGAGAACUGUGAGCGACAUCAAGCAUGAGGUGCACUCACAACUCAUACAAAACGAAAAAACCAGACGACGUGUUUCUGGUAUCGCAAAAGAACUAAAGAAACUACACAGAGAAGCUGUCCAAAACACCACGAAUUCUGUUACUGUGGUUGCUGUGCUUUUUGCCUCAAUAGCCUUCUUGGCUAUAUUUAACUUGCCCGGCAAUUAUAUAAUGAAGGGACACGGAGUAGGCAAGGCUAACAUAGCUGGCUUAGUUGGUUUCAAAGUUUUUUACCUUUUGAAUGCCAUAUCUCUCUUUAUUUCUCUAGCAGUUGUUGUGGUUCAGAUCACUUUAGUGGCCUGGGAUACAAGGGCUCAGAAGCAGGUUGUGUCUGUAGUAAACAAAUUGAUGUGGGCUGCCUGUGCUUGCACUUGUGGGGCUUUUCUGUCAAUAGCUUAUGUGGUUGUAGGCAACAAAGGUUCAUGGAUGGCAAUAAUGAUAACCCUUAUUGGGGCACCAAUUCUUGUAGGGACUCUUGCAAGCAUGUGCUACUUUGUUUUCCGGCAGCACUUUGGUUUUCACCGGGACUCUCAGAGACGAAUCAAAAGGGCAAGCAGAAGCAAGUCCUUUUCAUGGUCAUUUUACUCGGCAAAUAUAUCAGACAUUGAUGAUUACAACUCAGACCUUGAGAAGAUCUAUGCUUUGUAAACAAUGUGUUAGAUGUUUUAAGGAUGAUGGUUAUUGUUAUCUUGGGAUGUUUUCAUCGGUAUACCGAAAUUCCACGUUAGGGUCCAAAUAUAGCAGUGCGGUUAUCACGUACCUGUAGAGGUUGUGCGGGGAGUAGAUGUUGGGUUUUUGCUCUGUGCAUAAUUAAAAAAACAAAAGAUUGGAUUGUAGAUUAUGUAUAUUGAAUAAAAGGUUGUAGCUUUAAGCU